GCUUUGGUAGCCAACUCCAUCGUACCUUCGGAGAAUUCAUAUAAUGAGGAUGUUGCAAUGUCGGACGAACAGCUUUCCGAAAGGUCGGCCGAGGAGUCUGUCGAAGAACUGAUGGAGGUCGAUGGAGGAGCGGACGAAGAUAGAGCAGCAGUCGGCGAUAACCUAGAGGAUCCGGUUCCACGGGCGGAGCCAGUCAGGGCCAGGGCAGGGCGUGCCUACUCGCCAUUACCAAGUAGCGACUCAAGGUCAAGUGAUGAUGAUCCGGACGAAGAAGUGCCAGAAUUCUGUGAAGACUUGACCUUGGGCGUGAAAGAAGAAACGAAAAUAGUAUUCUGGAAUAAUGUCGAAGAAUUCAGCGUUUCUUUUCUCAAAAAUAAACUGUACGCAUCCUGGCUCAACAACAAAAUUAAAAAAUGUAGCAGGAGGGCUUUUUCCCUCGCACCAAAAGACAUCGUUGUUGGCCAGAUGUGUCUCGCUUCAAAAAAAGGACACAAUAAACGCGGAAAAAUCCAAAGCAUCGACGGUGAGUGGGUCAACCUAGACAUCGUUGACAUUGGUGUUACCAAAAAAUAUCGGAUCCAGACACUGAGGCAACUCCCGGAAGACUUGCGAACCUAUCCAGCACUCGCUUUCCGGUGUCAAAGUAGUAUCGGAGAGGCAUAUGCGAAUGCGAAUCUCGUGGAAUUGAUCGAUCGUUUUACCCAAAGUGAAAAGACGUUCGAGAUUAAGCCAGUCGAACGUCUAGGAGAUCACAAGUUCAGAGUUGAACUGUUCCUGAGCGAAGACUUCGAGACCGCGGUGGCGGAGGAAAUGGAUCGGGAAGGGAACGAGGAGGAGUCAGCUUCAUCAGAAAAUGAUGGUCAAUCCGCUCAUGCGGAAGAUGUAAGAAAUAUGGGGCAUUUGGUGCGGGGACACAAGAUGGUCGAAAUCGCGGGCUUUUCGCUCUAUAGGCCGAAUGAAUACAACAGGAUUAGGAAGGAUCUGCAUUGGACCGCGGGAGAGCAGAGUGAAUUAAGGUGCCUUAACGAAGGGUGCAACUUCACAGUUAGCAAGGGAAAAAAGGAGGUCAUGAGAGACCACUGGAUGGCCCACCAUAGGAAUAAAAAAUAUAUGUGUGUGUAUUGUUUUAGGGAAGAAGAAGUUAAGAACUUUGUAUCCACACGCUCGCUUGUGAAUCAUUGCAAACGUGUGCACGUCGAGGAGAGAAGAGAUUAAAAAAAAUAACAAAAUAAAAAACCGAUAAAAUUA